AUGAACACUGAAGGACAUUAUGAAAUUGUGCAGCAUGUUAUAAAACACAAUCAUCCACUUACUAGAGAACCAUUAAAUUACCUUCAUAGAUCUGAGCGUCAGAUGAGUGAUCCAAAGAAACAAACCAUACAAGCUAUGCAAGAGUGUGGACUGAGGCCGAUAGAUUCAUUUAGAUAUAUGAGUACAGAAGCAGGUGGUGAAGAUGUAUUGGGUCAUUCCAUGAAGGACCACUUCAACUGCUGUUAUAAACUCAAAAUAAAACCAAUUGAGGGAAAGGAUUCACAAAAAGUUGUUGAUAACCUUUAUGAGCAGAUGCAAACAGAUAGUAACUUCUUCUUUAGAGUAAGAUUGAAUGAUGAAGGAAAGGUUUGCUGCUUGUUUUGGAGAGACUCUAUGAUGCUUGAGGACUAUACAAUCUUUGGAGAUGUUAUGGUUUUUGAUACUACAUAUAGGACAAACAAGUAUAAUCUUAUUUGUGCACCAUUUGUAGGAAUUAAUAACCAUUGGAAAAACACAAUGUUUGCAUGUGCAUUUCUUGCAGAUGAGACAAUACCAUCAUUUGAAUGGCUUUUUGAAACAUUCAAGAAGUCAAUGAAAGGCUUUCCCAACCUCAAGACACAGCUAUGUUUAUGGCAUUUGAGUCAAAAUGCAAAUCAACAAUUUGGAUUGAUGAAAGCUGAUAAGGAAUUCAAGAACAUUUUUCACAAGUGUCUUAGUGGUUGCAUUACAACAACAGAAUUUGAACAAACUUGGACCACAAUGACAACAAAAUACAAACUAGAAGAUGAUCGCUGGUUCAACAGAUUGUAUAGUUUGAAAGAAAAAUGGUGUACAACAUUUAGCAAAGACUUCUUCUCUGCUGGAAUACUAUCUUCACAGAGAAGUGAAAGCGCAAACCAUGCUAUUGGGUUUAAGGCAAGCAAAACCACUAGCUUAAGUGACUUCUUUUCAAUAUUCCAACAGACAGUAAUAAGAGAUUUUGAGGAUGAAUUCAAACAUGCAAUGGCAAGUGCAAUUGAACUAGUUGGUACACAAGGGAACACUCUGACAUACAGAGUUUUCCUCAAUGGCAUUGAUGGUUCUUCUCAACAAGUCUCAUUCAAUUACCCAGAGAUGACAAUUGAGUGUGGAUGCAGAAAUUUUCAAGAAUCAGAACCAGCUAGAGCAGUGAUAGAGGAAUAUUUCAAGAAAACAAAUUCAAGAGUUGAAGAAUUAAUAAAGAUAGAAGAAGCAAAAGCAUCAGCAGAAAAAGCUAAAGCUCAUGAGAAAGCAUUACAAGAAGCAGCUGCAGCAUUACAAGCUAAUGAGAGUCAAGAAAACAACGCACAAGAAUCACCAUCAAUACCAACAGUCUUGGAUCCAGAUAGAGCAGUCACAAAAGGAAGAGACAACAAGCAAACAAAGGGACACUAUGAUUUAUACAAGAAGGCCUCAAAAAAAGGGAAAAAAAGACACAAGGAGUUUGGAAGUAUAACUCCAAAAGAACAUCUGUUCUAA